AUGUCUUACAACAACGACUCAGACAACUACAGUGGUGGAGGCGGAGGCUCUGGCUACGGCGACAACAACAACAACAACAACAACAACAACAACAACAACGGCUCCAACCAGGACAGCUACGGCUCCAACCAGGACAGCUACGGCUCCAACCAGGACAACUCCGGCUCCAACCAGAACAACUACGGCUCCAACCAGGAUAACUACAGCGGUGGCAACAACUCUCAAUCUGAGAGCAACCAGAAUGGUGGCAGUGGUGGAUUCGGCGGUGGAAACGACAACUAUGGUGGCAACGGACAGGGAAAUUCAAGCAGCAACGGCCUCGGUGGCUUUUUGAAUGAAGCGAAGGAUUUCGUUAGCCAAGCUAGCUCGAACAACAACGGGAACAACAACAACAACCAAAGCAACCCCGCGGAUUCCUAUGUUGACUCGAUGGCCGACAAGGAGAUUGAUCAAUACGCUCCCUCCGGAAUGGGCGAUAUGGUUAAACAGGGUGUCAACAACGUGAUCAACAACACGAUGAACAAGUACCUGUGA